AUGCAAUUCUACGCCCUUUCAAUCAAUCAAGCUUUAUCAUUCAGGGGUAUUUUGGAUAAGCCACUUUUGAAGCCCAUUUUUACAUUCUACGGGAUAGCUAGCGGCAUCCCUUUAUGGUGGGCGCUCCGCACCGCCAAGGGCCAAUCCGACGAACUCGUAUUCUUCAACGAGCUAUGCUUCCGCAAUGGCGCCGAAGCACACACGGCCCCGGCAGUGCCAGAGAUUGAUAUCAUUGUAGUUGGUGGUGGUGCUGGUGGUUUGGUUGCAUCGGCCAAGUUUGCUGAGGCUGGAAUGAAGACCCUUCUCCUUGAGCAUGGUGGACCUAUGUUGUACGUCGAUGGAAACAGGGAGAUCCCAGACUGGGCUGCCAAGGCCUACCCAGGCAACAACUUGACUCGUCACGAUACCAUGAUGUACUACCUAGUCAACUACCCAGGUACCGAUCCCAUUGCCAGCAGUUAUUACUGCAGCAAUGUCGCCAGUUUGGCACCAUGUAUGCUCGGAGGUGGAACAAGUGUCAAUGCUGCACAGCAAUGGUGGCCUCCAAGGCAAUACCUUGAUAACACAUUCCAAAACUUCACCGGAUGGACUGGAGAUGAUUUCCAAGACGCUAUCCAGAGAGUCGCAGACCGUAUCCCAUUUACUCCUACCUGGUCGACCGACAAGAAGCACUACUACGAUCAAGUCUACGAUUUGAUGGGUUCAGUGUUCGAAUCCAUCGGAAUCCACGAGGUUAACACCACAACAGAUGUUGACUCUAAGUACAACACCUACGGUCGUGAUGUCUUCGCUGCUGUCGGAGGCCAAAGAGGAGGACCACUUCUUGGUUACCUCCAGGAUGCUAAGAAACUUAAGAACUUCACCCUUAAGAUGUACAGCCCAGUGACCAGUGUUGUCCGAACUGGCUCAAAGAUUACCGGUGUUGAAGUCAACGGUACCGUCAUCACCGCCAAGAACGUUGUUCUUUCUGCUGGUGCCUGGAACACCCCAUCUCUCUUGUUCGCAUCUGGUAUUGGUCCAGAAGCUCAAUUGACAACUGCCGCCAGCAUCAACUUCACUCAAUACCAAAAGAAGGACUGGAUCAUCAACAACGGUGUUGGUGCUAACCUCCACGACAACCCACAAAUGAGUAUCACUUUCCAAUACAGCAACGCCUCCGAACUUCCUUUCUACAGCUUGUCCGGCGUUCUCACCGGUACCAACGUCAUCAAGGCCGAUGCCGAUGAUCUCUACUACCGCCGCACUGGCCCUCUCGCCGCUAACGGCCGUGAGCUCACUGGAUGGAUCAACGUCCCAUACCCCAACGAUGCUACCAAAUCCAUGACCGCCCAAACCAUCUGCUCCAGACCAACAGCUGUCAACGGUAGCUUCACCUGUCAAUUUAACUUGAACGAAGGUCUUCUCAGCCGUGGCACUGUAGCCCUUGGCACAAACGGCAACUUGGUAUUCGGUGAGGGUCACGGCCCAUGGUUGACCAAUGCUUUGGAUAUCGAGCUCUACGCAACCGCAUUGAAGAAAUUCGUCGAUGCCGCCAACGCAUACCCUGGUUUGAACGUCACAAGCCCAGCUGGUACUCACGACUUGUCCUUCUACACUUCAUUUGUCAACCAGACCGGCAAGGUCGGCAACAACCACUGGGGUGGUUCUUGCAGUCUCGGUCUUUGCACCGAUAACAACGCUCUUGUCAUCGGUACCCAGAACCUUUUCGUCGUCGAUGGUUCCCUCAGCCCAGCACCAACCACUUCCAACCCAGCUUUCCUCUACGAGUCCAUUGCUGAACUUGCUUCUUCUAGAAUCAUCAGCAAGUUGGGUUUCUAG